UCUCCGACCCCACGUGUCGGCGCCCGCCAGCCCCAUGGCCGCGCCCAUGGCCGCGCUCGUGGAGCUGGGCUUCGCGGAGGGGGCGCCGGUGUGGCGCCUGCGCAGCGCGCUCUUUCCCAGCAAGGUGGGAGGGCGGCCGGCGGGGCUGGGCGAGGCGGGGCUGCCUGGGCCGGCGGCGCUUUCCUGCCCGCGCUGCGGCCGCCCGCCCGCCUUUCUGCUGCAGCUGUACGCGCCGCUGCCCGGGCGCGCCGACGCCUUCCACCGCGGCCUCUUUCUGUUCUGCUGCCGCGACCCGUCCUGCUGCGCCGGCCUGCGCGUUUUUAGGAAUCAGCUACCCAGGAAAAACGACUUUUACUCCUAUGAGCCGCCUUCUGAAGAGCCUCCCCCAGAGACAGGAGAAUCUGUGUGUCUCCAGCUCAAGUCUGGUGCUCAUCUCUGCCGGGUAUGUGGCUGCUUAGCCCCCAAGACAUGCUCCAGGUGCCACAGGGCACAUUACUGCAGCAAGGAGCACCAGACCCUGGACUGGAGGUGGCACAGGCAGGCCUGUGCGCGGGCAGGUGAUUUGGAGGAUACAGUUCCAGACCACAACUUCCUUUUUCCAGAGUAUGAGAUUGUGAUAGGAGCAGAAGACGAGGCCCCUCCUGAAGUUCUUGAAGAGGAAGAUGAUGUGGAGCCCAUUGGGAGCAUGGGUGAAGCGUUUGAAGACGAAUUGGAAUCCAUGGCAAAGCACGAGUCCAGGGAAGAUAAAAUUUUCCAGAAGUUUAAAAAGCAAAUAGCCCUUGAACCUGAGCAGAUUCUCAGGUAUGGCCGUGGGGCUGCCCCCGUCUGGAUUUCUGGUGAAAAUGUCCCUCAAGAGAAGGAUAUUCCGAAUUGUCCUUGUGGUGCCAAGAGAAUAUUCGAAUUCCAGGUCAUGCCACAGCUACUCAACCUCCUCAAGGCCGACAGCCUGGGCACGAGCGUCGACUGGGGCGUCCUGGCCAUCUUCACCUGCGCAGACAGCUGUGCGCUGGGCACUGGCUACGCAGAGGAGUUUGUGUGGAAGCAGGACGUGACGGACACAGCCUAGGACGCUGCCUCGUCCCAAGAGUGGUGAGAACCACUCAGACUUGCAGUUCACUUCAGGGACUGUUCCGAGGAGGUGGUUCUGCCAGAGAGAGGGGCACAGGUUGCCUGAGGCACUGUUUGCAGUAUAAUAGAAAUGCCCAGUGCCAGAGAUGAAGCAAACCUUGGCCUGUCCAUACGCAGGAUGCCACGCGGUCUCAGCCAGGCAGACCUGCACCACCUCAGAUGCAGGCCUGAGUUAUAGAUGGUAUAUACAUUGUGACCAUGUUUUUGAAAAAGUCUUUAUACGUGUAUAUGUGCGGAAAUGAACCUGGGAAGAUACACUUGUUAUAUAUGAAUGUGGGAUUAAGCGGUUUUCUGUGUAUAUUUAUAAUAAAAGUGAAUUAUACGCAUAAUUUGGUCAAACCACUUACAGCAUUUUCCCUCCUAAAGUUUCCA